AUGGUCGAAUGCGAAAUGGGUUUGCGCUACUACCAUUUCUCUUGCGCCGGCGUUAACGACAGUAUCGAAGCAGAAGAUCGGCAUUUCAUUUGCUCGGUGUGCCUAGGAAGACCGCAACGUCAGAUGAUGCCUUCUCGUUCAAAGUCUGGAAAAUCUACAACUUCAAGCGCUCGAGCAGCAAGAAUCGAGCUGGAUUUGCAGCGACUGGAGGAGGAACGAAGAAUCCAGGAAAACGCGGCCCAGGAGAAACUACGCGCUGAGCAGGAGUAUCUUAAGCGGAAAUAUGCCUUGUUGCAGGCUCGCCUUGAGGAGCAAAAUGAUAACGCUAGCGAUCAAACUUCGGAAACAAUCGACAGCGAGCAAAUCGUUCGGUGUUGGCUCGAGAAUGAACCAAACGUGCAGAUGACUUCACAGCAGGAGUUCCCUUCCUCGGCAAUGGAAGCGAGCGCUUCCUCCAACGAACCAAUGAGCAAAAUGAUGAAAGAUGUUCAAGAGCUUCGAAAGUGGUUUGAAACCAUGCAGCAGUCAGCGGUAGAAAAUCCACAACCAAAUCCGAAAAUACAUCGAAUGAAAGUCUUACGAGAGCAACCGCAGCAUGGCGGUGAACAUUUGGAUAGGACGCUACAGAGAAUACAGCCAUCCAGCGAACUGUAUGAGCAACACGACGAUCCAGCGAGAGGUGCGGAUAGUUUUUUACAAGCGGAGCAGAAUCAACCGGUAGCAGUAUCGUCACAAGCGGGACUACGGGUAGCAGAACAACCGUUCCAUGCUUCAGCGGCCAGGUGGCCACCUGCUAACCAGAAUACAUUGCCAACAGCCCCGGAGCAGGAGCGACAGCAGCAGCAUGACCGGCGGCAGCAGCACCAGGAGGAGAUGCGGCAGAAGGAGCGGAGGCAGCAGCAGGAUCAGCGGCAGCAGCAGGAUCAGCGGCAGCAGAAGCAGCAACAAGAGCAGCAACAGAUGUUCAGCGCACCCACCCCCCAAAAACUUGCAACGGAGAAAAUCUCAUGCGACUCCAACGAUGUCUUCGUGGUGCUUCGUGGAAGCGGUAAGGAGUCACCUUAUGAAUCCUGCGUCGGUACCUUUGGUUUUGGAAACACUGAAGAUCUUGUACGGGCGUCCAGAGAUGGUGAUCAAUUCGCUUCUACAGAAGGCUCGUUCCACACCAGCGCCAAAACCUGA